UCUAAACAGUGACAUAGGUCGACGAGAAUGACCGACACCAGCCGGUAAACAGCUUUAGAUCAAGCAUCUGGGAUGGCUCCAGACCCUGCAUCUCGCAAGAUAUAUACCUAGGUCCUGUUCAGUUCGAGCACAAUCAACUUUCUCCCAAACAAUACAUGGCUUGAAUGUUAAACCCAGGCCUCAAUCAUCUAUACAACUCUUAGUCACAAGUAUGUUAGGUCUGCGCAAUAGCUUCCCUGGUGUGUUUCCACUCUCCCUUUCUGUCACGGCUCGAUCCUAACGCGAGUAUCCCAGGCCACAGACUUCAUAACAAUUUCAGCGCGAAAUCGCACUCACUAAACCCCGACGACAUCGACGACGACGACAUGGCAGAAAUCUCUAGCCGCGGAGCCAUGGACGGCAUCCGCAUCGGGCACCAGGAGUCCAUGUACGGGUGGUCCGAUAAAUUCCAAACAUCGGCCGAGCACAUCAGCUCGCCCGAGAGCAUGAGCUCGGCAAGCGACUCGGAGAAAACCAGGUCGGCCAGCGAAGAUGCGUAUUCGAUGACGACAUUGUCACGGAGGUCCACCAGAGCCUACUCGUUCCAGGCAAAUGGUAUCAAGGACGUGUACAUGGACAUCAGGCACAACCUGCGCAUGCUCGAUGAAUACACUUACACGGACAAGCAUUUCGAGCAGCUCAGCUACGAGUCUUACCGAAACUUUGUGGCCAACGAGCGACUCGUCCGCAUGCCGCGAAGGGGCAGCUUCGGGGACCGGGCGUUGCGUGCUGCCCAGAUCUUCGGCGAGAACCUGUGGAACUUUGGCGUGGCCAUUGAGCAUUUCUGCCCCGACACCAGGGCGGCCUCCGUCACCGGUCUCGCCAGCUGCCAGAUCCUGCUCGAGAUUGACAACAACCACAAGGCUUUGGUUCCCACUUUCCAUGCCCUCAAUGAGCUGGCGCUCUUGGUGUCGCAGUUAAUCCAGAUUGAAGACAUAUUCAAGCAGGAGUCAUCAAGCCAAGCUAGGUAUAGCACCGUUGAGCUGUAUUCGCAUCUGAUCCGCCUCAUUGGAGACAUUGCCAUUUACUACACGAAGAAGAUCGACAGCCUAUCGGGCGAUAGUGUCAAUGUCAACUUUGACUCCAUCUUCGGCGACCAGAUGGCCAACAUCGGAGGUCUCAGGGACAAAAUCGUCGGCGACAUCUGGAAGGGGAAGCUCGGACAUAAGAGCGAAGGGCUCACUUCGGUUCGUCGAAGUCUGAAAGAUGAUCUUCCAGCCGAGCCUUCUUUUCGCGAUCAGAUCACCGAGAGCAUGAGGCGUGCCGAGGACACGUGUGAGUGGUUCAAGAGCCACCUCGCCGAGUUUCUCCGCGGCACCGACAAGGUCUUUACGAUAACCGGCCCCGUGGGGAGCGGGAAGACGGUCCUUGCCCACUGGAUUACGGAGCGACUCCAGCGUCCGCUGGACCACGAGCGUUACUCAACUCUGCACCACACGUUCCCCUUCGACUCCCCGAAGGACGCCACCACCUUGUCCUUCUUGAAGAGCACCCUGUCCCAGCUUCUGGAGAGGAAUGUUGGAGAUGUCCAUUUGUACGAGAAACUCGUCACUGCCUUCACUGGGUUUGACGAGUCGAAGGACACCAGGAAACUGGAAUCGGGCCUGUGGACGGCCCUGGAGGCGGGGUUGUCCACAGCAGCGGACCGUGGGCAUCCGCUUGUCCUUGUCGUUGACGGGUUUGACGAAAUCACCGACGUCAGCCCUUCGGUCUUCCACAAGACACUGCGAGAACACAUUGGGAAGCAAAACACCACCCGCGCCAUCACGCUGUCGGGGCCGGCCCCCCACAUUACUGAUGGUAGCAAGCAUCUCAACCUCACUCGGGAUCUACUAGUCGAAGACAUCCGAGCCUUCCUGUGGCAGCGGCUAUCGGGCCUGAAGACGUUCAUGGCACUGAGUGAAUACUUGAGGGACCGAGCCGUGGAAGAUCUCACCCAGAAGGCAGAGGGCUCGUUCCUGUGGGCCACGAGCACCUCCGAUCUACUGGCGAAGCAGACCUCGGUUGAGCUGCUCUCGAAGACAGUCCAGGCCUUGAGGCCUGGCCUGGAUGGCGUAUUGCAGAAACUGAUCGCAACCCUCCCGCUGAAGACCGAGCCGACUCAUCGCUUGCUUACCUUCAUGCUUGUGGCCGAACGCCCAUUGGCCACCGCUGAGCUCUCUGAACUCCUUCAAGUCGAUAUUAAGAAGCGGGAGCUCGGCAAUGCUAUCGACUCAGCCAAGGAGCUAUCACGGAACUGCACCGGCAUUGCCACGGUGCAGGAUGGGCGGGCUCAUUUCAAGGCCAAGGCGAUCAAGGGCUUCAUGACGAAUCUGAUGGGCAAAUCGCUGCCUUCCAUGGAGGAAGGCCAGCGCCAGAUCACUGUGAGCCUGCUUCUGUAUGCAAAGCUGAGCUUGGUCGAUUCCUACGAGCCAUCAUUCGAGGAUCCGGAAUCGGAGCUCGUCGACAAAUACUUCCAAUCCUACCCACUCUUGGAAUAUGCCGUGACGAGCUGGACCCAUCAUUUCCGCUCUUCCAUUCCCUCGAUUGACAAGGAUGAAAUUUCCUUGACUUCCGAGUUCAAGGACAUAUUCCCCGACUCCGUUCUACUGGCUCAGCUUGAGAGCAGCUGCUGGGAGAAGCUCCCGACGGAGGAGCUCAUCAGUCGCCAUUCGCUUGCCCUGAAUAUCAGGGCGGCUUGCUUCCAAGACAAGGGCCUCUCGACUCUGCAGACGCUGAUGAAUUUGGGGAACAUCUAUUACACGUACACGCCCGAUGCAGCCACGGCGGCUCGAUUCUUCUACAGGGCGGCGAACCUCAGCCAACAUAUCCUCCCCCGGUCCAGCAACGUGACGGUCAUGUGCGCCGUCCGCUUCCUGCAGACCACGGAAGCGAUCAACUUCACCGAGCGCACGGAGCUGGCUACCUGGAGAAUCGGCAUGAUCGAGUUCAUGAUCGAGUUCUCCAAAACCAAGUAUGGCUCCAACAGCAAAGCCGUGCUCAAGUGGUACCAGAUGCUGGCUGAGCUGUACGUCAAUAUCAACGAGGAACACAACGCCGCCGUCACAUACAAGUCGAUCUACGAGAUCAUCGUCGUUCUCGAAGGCAAACACUCCCCCCGAGCAAAGGCCGUGGGCGAGCGGUUCCGCGGCAUGGACAUUGUCCUCCGAGGGCAGGGCAACAAGCAAGACAUCAAGGAAGUCGAAGACAUGCUGCUCGAAACAAGCGAGAGCGUGCAUGAAGGAGACACGGCCAAUAUCGACACCCGAUUGCAUCUGGUGUCUCUCUACAUGUCCCACCAGCAAUGGGCGCAGGCGGAGGAAACCUUGAUCGUCCUUUGGCAGCACAUCUCAGAGGCUUGCCGUGUCAAAGCCAAUUACAAGCUUCGCAUGAGCCAGCUCCAAGUUGCCACCGAGUACGCCAAGCUUCUCCGCCGGAUGAAGCGUGACGACGAGGCCGUGGGAAUCCUCACUUGUGUCUGGGUCGAAUACGAGAACCAAACAUUCGAGGAUACCGCCAUGACGUUGCACAUCAAGGAAAUCGGCGAACUGUUCAGGACAUUCGGCAUCUUAGACGUUGCCUUGACUGUCUUCUCCAAAGUGUGGACUUGGUUCAAGAGCAAGGGCAAGACGACGCACAAGGAGGCUGUCAAGACAACGACCCUGAUCACAGAGGUUGCGGACGAAAUCACCACCACCACCACCACUACCAUCGUCACAACUGAGUCGACGUUGGCCGUGCUCAGGGAGACGUACGAAAUCCACUACACCCGCUGCAAGGGCAGCCAAGUCGACGCCGCCUUCUUCAAGUCAUUCUCUUCCCUCGUCAAGGUCUACCUGAACUUGGAGAACUGGGCACAAGCUGAGACCGUCAUCAAGCAGGCGCUUGUGCUUACUUGGAAGGCUGUCCUCAGUGGAGAAGCCACCCUAAGACCGAGCCAGCAGUUCACCAACGAGACCCUCACAGCAGCGACGUACCUCGGCCUUUGCUACCAACGCCAGGGGAAGGUCAAGGAUGCCGAGGAAAUCUAUCUCCGAGUCUUCCGCGUGUGCUUGUCGUCGUUCAACCCCGAAGACAAGCGAGUCCAAGACUCUCUUGUGAACGUCGUCGGGUUCUACACGGAGCAAAACCGGCAGGACAAGAUCAUCGAUGUCUACAAGGAGCUUCUCGACAAGUACCGCAAGCACCUGGGAGCUUCCCACAAGUCGACAAUUGAACUCUUGUACACGCUGGCGUCCAAGUGCAGAGGCCUCAACCGCAAAGAGGAGUACACGUACUACGCCGAGAUCGUCACGGCGCUGAGCAAGUCCAAGAAAUACUGCCACCCCGACGCCCAGAAAGCCGCCCUGAUGCUGAUCGACCACUACUACGAAGAGCAGUCUUGGUCCGAACUCCAGCACAUCUGCUCCCUUCUCUGGCAGAGCUUUGUGAACCACCACGAGGAGUGCAGGUUUGAAGAGCACCAGAUUGAGCUCCUCUAUUCGCGAUACUCGCAUGUUCUGCAGUCGCACGCCAACGUCGACUACUCGGCUCUCUACAAGUUGGCGCAGGAGUACUACUCAACAUCAUCGACCGUGUUUGGCUCCUCGUCCAGCAUUGUGCGCAAGGCCAUGUUUUCGUAUGCCGAGGUCUGCGAGCGCGACGAGAAGCAUUAUCAGGAGUCCGUGUCGGCUUACGAGGACCUGAUCAAGUGGAUGAGCACGACACAAUUGGAGACGACCGCUGUCAAGGAGACAGAAAUUGCGACCAUGAAGACGAGACUCUCAACGGUGUACUUCAGGCUCAUCACCUCGGGCACACAGAUAUCGACCACUUCCGUUGAGCGAGCCAUUACCCUGUUCCUAGAGGCCCACACACAAUUAGUGGCUCGGCUUGGAUUCUGGCACGAGUCUACAUUGGCCAAGCUCAGGGAGACCGUCCUCCUCUACCAGAAGCUGGACAGCAACCGGUCCCGCGCAAACAUCUCUCAGCUCUUGCAGACCUCCUUCAUGGGCAUACUCACCUCCUCCGUCACCUCGGUGCAGCUCUUCACGGCCGCGUCGACACUGGCUAGCAUCUACGUUUCCGCAGGGCUGGUCGAGGAGGCCAAGGACCUAACCAUCCAAGUCCAACACCUCAUCGUCCUCGGUGACUCAUUCGACUCAGCAGGCAUCACGCUCAAGCCGGAAGCCACCAUCGGCAAAGGCGGAUUCGCCUUCCUCACGGCCUUCGCCCAGAACCUCUCGCAGGACGCGACAUGGACACACUCCGAGUCCAUGGCGCUCCGCCUCGUCGAGAUGUCCCUGUACGAGCAGUACGCCCGCGCCAUCGCGGAGGAGGAAGAGACCGCCGGGGACGACGCCGCCCGGACCGGCAUCCGAAAGGUCCUGGAGCGCGGCGGCAGGCUGCGAGCCCUGUGGCACGAUCCCAAGAUGGGCGACCACACGUCGCUCGUGCGGGCGCUCGACCAGCGCAUGUUCCAGCUGUUCAAGGCCAAGUACGGGAAGCAGCUCGUCGGCGCCGAGGACAACGCGGCCCGCGAGCUAUAUCUCGCGCUUGUCGUCGGGCUCGGGCGGACGCAGUCCAAGGUGGAGAUCUCGGAGCUGUCGUGCAGGGCUGGCAAUGAGAGGGUUGUGCAGCUGCUCGAGAAGGGGGACUUCAAGCGUGCGAAUCAGGUCGCGCGGUGUGUCUUCAACUUUGGAAACAAGCAGGGAUUCUACCACGACAUCCACAACCUGCAGUACGGGUACAGAUUGGCUGAGUACAUGGCUGGAAUUGACGUUCGAGCACCCACCGAUUCCAAGCUGCGCGACGAGAUGGCCAAGACGUCGAGGGAGAUCACAUCCACGGUUAUGGAAAUCUUCCGCGCCGAAGGAAUCGAGUUUGUCAGACUCAAGUUCAAGGAUAUCGCCGCCAUAGUGCGACUGCUUGGAGCUCAGCACGAUUACAAGGAUCUCGAGCACAUCCUCCUCGAGCUCUGGCACUCGCGCGAAGUCCGCGACUGGGACCCAUCCCGCGUCCUCAGCAUCGGCCGCCUCCUCGUGCACGCCCACCAGGCCAACCACAACCUCGCCGCCGCCAUCUCCAUGUGCGACCGCCUCCGCUACAACCUGCACCGCAGCAAGGGCCGCCUCGACCCGGCCUCCCUCUUCGCCUCGGAGCUUCUCGCCGCCCUCUACACCACCGGCGACCCGGCCCGCCCCGCAGAGACAAAGCGCCCCGACCGCGCCAUGGCCAUCUACGAGGAGGUCCUGCGCGAGGUCGACGCGGCCUGCGCACACCAACACCGCCGCCCCGGAGACGCCGAGUCCAAGGCAUUGGCCGCCACGGCGACGCGUUACCUCGACCUCCUCCGGCGCGCGCACCUCCGCAUGGGCGGGGGCUGGACCAAGGACAGGCGAGAGUUUGAGGAGCUGCAUGGCAGGUUGGCGAGCAGGCUGGGGUUGCGGGUGCAGGGGCCGGACGCGUGGGCUGCCGAGGGACGUUCGGGGCAACAGGUGGAUGCGCUGGGCACGUAUGAGCCGCCCAAGGAGUGGCGGUUGGAUGAGGGGCUGUUCGGGGAGGAGGUGCGGGCAAAAUGAAGGCCGGGGUUGGCUGGCUGAUGCUGGCCCCGGAAAUAGCUGUCUGGCUGCAGUUCUGCUCGGCGCUGUCACUCGUUUGUAUAGCUGUUGCGUUGACCGCGGAGACGGACUAGUGUUUUUAUGUAUGCUCAAGGUUGUUUUGUCUUGGUUGGAUCAGAGAUUGCAAAUAGUAAUGUUUCAAAUCAAUUCCCAUGAAU